AUGUUAAAGUCGGAGUCGUGGGAGUAUCCCCCACACAUAGAGUCGUGGGAGCAUCCCCCACACAUAGAGUCGUGGGAGCAUCCCCCACACAUAGAGUCGUGGGAGCAUCCCCCACACAUAGAGUCGUGGGAGCAUCCCCCACACAUAGAGUCGUGGGAGCAUCCCCCACACAUAGAGUCGUGGGACCAUCCCCCACACAUAGAGUCGUGGGAGCAUCCCCCACACAUAGAGUCGUGGGAGCAUCCCCCACACAUAGAGUCGUGGGAGCAUCCCCCACACAUAGAGUCGUGGGAGCAUCCCCCACACAUAGAGUCGUGGGAGCAUCCCCCACACAUAGAGUCGUGGGAGUAUCCCCCACACAUAGAGUCGUGGGAGCAUCCCCCACACAUAGAGUCGUGGGAGCAUCCCCCACACAUAGAGUCGUGGGAGCAUCCCCCACACAUAGAGUCGUGGGAGCAUCCCCCACACAUAGAGUCGUGGGAGCAUCCCCCACACAUAAAGUCGUGGGAGCAUCCCCCACACAUAGAGUCGUGGGACCAUCCCCCACACAUAGAGUCGUGGGAGCAUCCCCCACACAUAGAGUCGUGGGAGCAUCCCCCACACAUAGAGUCGUGGGAGCAUCACCCACAUAUAGAGUCGUGGGAGCAUCCCCUCCAUAUAGAGUCAUGGGAGCAUCCCCCAUAUAUAGAGUCGUGGGAGCAUCCCCCACACAUAGAGUCGUGGGACCAUCCCCCACACAUAGAGUCGUGGGAGCAUCCCCCACACAUAGAGUCGUGGGAGCAUCCCCCACACAUAGAGUCGUGGGAGCAUCCCCCACACAUAGAGUCGUGGGAGCAUCCCCUCCAUAUAGAGUCAUGGGAGCAUCCCCCAUAUAUAGAGUCGUGGGAGCAUCCCCUCCAUAUAGAGUCAUGGGAGCAUCCCCCACAUAUAGAGUCGUGGGAGCAUCCCCUCCAUAUAGAGUCAUGGGAGCAUCCCCCAUAUAUAGAGUCGUGGGAGCAUCCCCUCCAUAUAGAGUCAUGGGAGUAUCCCCAAUAUAUAGAGUCGUGGGAGCAUCCCCUCCAUAUAGAGUCAUGGGAGUAUCCCCAAUAUAUAGAGUCGUGGGAGCAUCCCCUCCAUAUAGAGUCAUGGGAGUAUCCCCAAUAUAUAGAGUCGUGGGAGUAUCCCCUCCAUAUAGAGUCAUGGGAGUAUCCCCAAUAUAUAGAGUCGUGGGAGCAUCCCCUCCAUAUAGAGUCGUGGGAGCAUCCCCCAUAUAUAGAGUCGUGGGAGCAUCCCCUCCAUAUAGAGUCGUGGGAGCAUCCCCCACAUAUAGAGUCGUGGGAGCAUCCCCUCCAUAUAGAGUCGUGGGAGCAUCCCCCACAUAUAGUCGUGGGAGUAUCCCCUCCAUAUAGAGUCGUGGGAGCAUCCCCCACAUAUAGUCGUGGGAGUAUCCCCCAUAUAUAG